UCAAGCUUCUUAUGCCUUAAUUUCUUUAUUCCUUGUUUCUAUGACACUAUAGAUUUGGUCUACAAAUGAUGUGUUGGACAAAUACCUUCUAUGAACAACUCUAUUUCAUGGCAGCUGUGGACAGUUUUCUUUCCUUCCUUCCUUCUUUCCUCCCUCCCUCCCUCUUUCCUUCCUUCCUUCCUAGUUCUUAACUUUCACAAAGAGCUCUCUGAAUGAUCUUACCAUUUUCUCCUGUUUGGGUAAGAGAUUAACUUAAAGUAUCAUUUUUAUAGGAUGGCAACAUGAAGACAGAGAAGAUGGAUUAUACGGAAAACAAGAGAACUCUCCCUGUCAGAAUAUUUGCAUUUUGUCUGUCCCAAUUUAGUCUCAGUUCUCCAUUGACACAUUCUUGGGUGAUUCUCCUCUUUGACUAACAUCCAUCAAGCCAGAGUGACUAAAAUGAGUAUUCCCUUUGAGAAAGGCAAAUUUCAGAUAAUCUUGGAGCUGAAAGGUCUCCCACGUCAUUGAGUCAAACAAUUCACUCCAUGGAUGAGUCCUUUUCUCAGUAGCCCUAGCAAAGGUCACCUGCAGAGACCAAGAAUGGUCUAAUUUCUGACAUCCGCUCUGCACAAAUGAUUAGAAAGAUCUUCCUGGAAGACCAGCUAGUAAUCUCUCUUCCUUAUGACAUCAGCUCCUCCAAAGAGGCAGAGGAUGCUGUUUUAGAACCAAGUUGUGUGUGUGUGUGGGGGGGAAAGGAUCACACACACCUCCCUUCUGUCCUGGAUUUGGUAAUGAACAGUUGUGGAACAGUGGGCAAGUCCCAAUCAGCUUUAGUUUGUGUGAAACAUGGAGAUAGUACCUCACCCACUCAGUCCUUAGCAAUGCCCAGCAGAUGUGCUCAGUGGGUCAGUUUGCUUCAGGAAGGUAACACAGUCAGGAACGCUGGGUGUCAAUCUCCCCUCCCCCAUCUUAAUAUGAUAGGCGUGUUUACAGUACCCACUAGUGCUUAUGAGGGUGAGCUCUCUUGUCAGGAUCUGGAGGAUUAAAUAGAUUUGGUAUUUACACAAGGGUGCCCCACUUCAAAGGGGGCAAGGGAGUUUAACUAUGUUAAUCCAUGCCAAGGGCUCAGAGCCUGGCACCCAGUGACCGGAUAACCACUGGGAAUUUACUGAGCACCUACUUAAGGUUGGGCUCUGGGGACACAGGUAGUAAAGAGGCCAAGUCUUAGCCUCUGGGAAAUUUAAGAGUCUCACGGAAUGGACAGACCCAAACACGAAAACAUAUGGCAACUAAAACCACCCAAGCCCGGACCCUGGAUACCAGGGAAAACCCCAGGAAGGUCUGAGCUUAAGCCAUGGACCAUAUCGCUCGUCUCAUAUGCCAAAGUCAAGGCAAACCAAGGUAAUACGACCUCUUGGGAUACAUGCACCCCUACUCAAGUCUUUCUGGGAAAAGGAUCAAGGAUGAACGGAGAGGUUGGGGAGGCAGAGGCUGAAAAAGAGGGAAAUUUCCUUUCCUUCCAAAAGAAGCCACUGCGCGACAGGAGAGCAAGCGUCCUCUCCGCCGGUGUCAGCUAGGUGCGGGGGUGGCCCUGGCGUGCAAUGAAAGGGGAAGCUGUAAGAAAGGCUGGUGUGGAGUCAGCUGACGCGGAGCUCCAGCCUCGCCUCCCCGCCCGCCGCGAUCCCCCAAAGUGGCUGCAAGCUGGCCACCCACUUUCAGGAUUCGGGGGACAGGGAAAGUGAUGAGCGCCUUCUAACGCCUGGCCGAGCUGCAGCUCCAGCAACGUCACCUCCCUAACUUUCUCCCUCCGCCUCGCAACCCCCACCCUUUCUCUUGACUCUGUCCGCGACCCUCCCCAAAGCCACUUAGGGUGUGCGCGCCUGGGCCAGGGUGGUCGCUGGCUGUCUGGGAUGGCUUCCAAUUUUAAUGACAUCGUGAAGCAAGGGUACGUGAGGAUCCGGAGCAGACGCCUAGGGAAGACAGAUGCUGCCUAGGGCCCAUCCACUAAGCACUGUACAGUUAUACCAAGAUCUGAAAACAUCCACGGGAAGCUUUCAGACAAUAGCAUGGGUACUUUUACAGAUUUAUCAGCGAUGCUGGUUAGUAUUCAAGAAAGCUUCCAGCAAGGGUCCAAAAAGACUGGAGAAAUUUUCUGACGAACGUGCUGCGUAUUUUAGAUGUUAUCAUAAGGUUACAGAACUCAACAAUGUGAAGAACGUAGCUCGAUUGCCAAAGAGCACCAAGAAACAUGCUAUUGGGAUUUAUUUCAAUGAUGACACCUCCAAGACCUUUGCUUGUGAAUCAGAUCUUGAGGCAGACGAGUGGUGCAAAGUCCUCCAGAUGGAAUGUGUGGGCACGCGGAUUAAUGACAUCAGCCUCGGAGAGCCUGACUUACUGGCCACCGGGGUGGAGAGAGAACAGAGUGAGAGAUUCAAUGUGUAUUUGAUGCCAUCUCCUAACUUAGAUGUACAUGGCGAAUGUGCCUUGCAGAUUACAUAUGAGUAUAUCUGUCUUUGGGACAUCCAGAAUCCCAGAGUCAAACUCAUCUCUUGGCCGCUCAGUGCCCUGCGGCGAUAUGGACGAGACACCACAUGGUUCACUUUUGAGGCAGGAAGGAUGUGUGAGACUGGUGAAGGGCUGUUUAUCUUUCAAACACGAGAUGGUGAGGCCAUUUACCAAAAGGUCCACUCUGCUGCCUUGGCAAUAGCUGAGCAGCACGAGCGCUUGCUACAGAGUGUGAAAAAUUCAAUGCUCCAGAUGAAGAUGAGCGAGCGUGCCGCCUCGCUGAGCACCGUGGUGCCCCUGCCUCGCAGUGCCUACUGGCAACACAUCACACGGCAGCACAGCACGGGGCAGCUCUACCGCCUGCAAGAUGUCACCAGCCCUCUGAAACUUCAUCGAACAGAGACUUUUCCUGCCUAUCGGUCUGAGCACUGACAGUAGCUGUGCCAAAUUGAAUUGUUAGUGCACCUGUGAUUCGUCAGCCACAGAUCCACGCAGGAGGUCACAGAAUGACAGCAAGGGAAGCCACAAUAAGUGAAGAAAAUCAGCUUAAUGUCCUGGUUAAUGUGUGGUCAUUGGGAAACUGCAAUACAGUA